AUGACUCCAUUUCCGCUCGUCUACGGAAAAGUCUGUCAUCUACCGGUCGAGUUGGAACACAAGGCAUAUUGGGCGAUCAAGGCACUAAACUAUGAUUGUAAACUGCAGCGGAGAAGCGAGUCUUACAUCUCCGUCACUUGGAAGAAAUUCGUUUGGACGCAUAUGAGAAUGCGCGGAUCUACAAGGAGCGAGCAAAGAAGUGGCACGACCGACAUAUUCUCCCUCGAAGAUUUAAACAAGAACGUUACCUCUCAUGGGGCCGUGGAGCUCGACAAUGGAAAAGGCGGAUCUUUCUUGGUCAAUACACAAAGGCUGAAACCGUACAAUCCAGGAAGUAUCAACCAGAAGGAG